AUGCAAGUCUAUCAUUUUUACUGCCUGCACCUCCUUAUUUUUCUAAAUGAUACACAUGCUUUGAUGAUUGGAAAAACGGGAGUAGGUAAGUCUUAUUUGAGUAAUUUGAUUUUAGGAAAGGAGUGUUUCUCUACUUCAGCUGAUAAUACAACCAGAAAAUUAGGCUCCAUUAUCCGCUCAAAUAAUUGGCUAACCAUCAUUAAAACAUAAGGUCUAUUUUAUGGAAAAUAAAAGAGCAAAAACCUGCUAAAUAACAUCAUUUAGAUAAUCAAAGAUGUAAAAGGGAUACACAAAAUCAUUUUUGUAACCUAAUACGGCUCAGUAUUAGACUAGCUUUCGUUAAUAAUACUGGGUGUUCUUUCUUAUUGUAUCUUGGGCAUAAGCCCAGAUCUUUUAGUUAUUGUAAACAAGUCAGGAAGAGAAUAUGAAUACACUAAAAACCUAGAACAAAAAUAUAAGCAUUUUGGAGACUAAAUUUUCAUAAAAGAGGAAUAGUAACUGAAUAAAGAUAUAUCUUAUAUGUAUGAGAAAAUCAAAUAUUGGUGGGGUAAAGAUUUUAUUCUUUUAGAUGUUAAAGAUUUCAAUGCUUGCUAAUCUAAUGAAGAAGAAGAAAAAUAAAAAUAAUUCUGCUCAUUUUAACUAUGCUAAGAAAUCUUUUAUUGCAGCUUUAUUAGUCAAGAUUAAGUAAAGAAUUGGUAAGAGUUCUAUUCAGCAUUCCAAAAAAAGGAUAUAAAAAUAUAAUACUAUAUAGAUUAAGAAAACAUAAUAAGGGAGGAAAUCAAGAAAAAUAGCAAAAAGAUGAAUAUCAUAACUAUCCCUAUUAGUAAGAGAUCUUUCUAUGUUUUAUUAUAGUUUCAAAAUAAAAUCUGA